CAAAAUUCGCACGAAGUGAUUUUUCGGGGAAUUUAGGUUGAGAUGUAUCUUUUCUAUUCUUCUGAUCUCUCCUYUUACAAGAGAGGUAUUGUAUUUGCAGUUCGUACCGCACAGCACAACCAACAACAUAGCUCAAUUCAGAGUGCGCAUCAUUGCCGUUACUAUGAUACCAGCUCGAAGUCUCGGUUUUGCAAUGGCAGCAAGGAUCGCCGUCUUCGUUCUGGUCAGCACCCAUCUUGUUGGUSUGGUCAUAGCAGGCUCCUCUAACCGUGGCAUGGGGCCGUGGGGGGUUUCGGUUGUUGGGCCAAAUCGCUAUGAAUCGAUUUCCUCUCGUUCUCUGUGGAAUCCUGCUCCCAAUGGAAGAACCACGACAAGCAAAGAAAUCGGGAUCCGUAAGAAUCCAGAGCUGUCAUCGCCGAUGCUGCUGCACGGCGUUCCCCGCGGCGGAUACGAGUCUUCCUCGCGUUCUUCCUUUACCAAUCCGUCACCCUCCUCCACCUUUGUGAGAGUCGUGGGGACUAUAGCACAGGCACUUAUUUCAGCGGGCAGGAUUGUUCUUCCGACGCUAGCGGGUGCCCUGGUGGCGAUUAUCAAAUUCUACCGAGCCCUCCCAAUCGAUGCSAUCACAGCGCAGAUCGGCCUGGUCUAUUGCUUUCUGGGUGGCUACUACCCCACCUUCUUUUCCACCCUGCAGGCCGCGCGAUACUGCGGGCUAGAUGUCAUGCUGGAAGCGGUGGGACAAUUGACCGAUGAGGCCAUCAAGGUGGUGGACGAAAUCGAGAGGACAGACUUUUGGGACGACGUCGACCGCGAACCGACGGCGCGCGAGGUCUUUCUGCGCAAGGCCAACAUCGUUCUCAAGACGGUCGACCCGGUCCGGAUCAACCAGGCCACCGCUGCUCUCUACACCACGUGGCUCGGGGUAUCGACGGUACUCCGGAGGGAAUACGCCAGGACCAUCAGCCUCUCGCUGACUCUGGCGGASGGCCUGGAGCGAGCCGCCGAGGUGGUGCUGGUUCCGGCACUGAACGUUCUGACCCCCAGCGACUACCGCAAAUGGGUCCCCGCCGUGAUCGGCUGGAGCGCCAAGGCUGCUGCCAUGAGGCUGGUCUGGCGAAUCGAACGAAUCCUGACCGCAUCGACGAGUGCGCUCGCGGGGGGAGCCAUGUUUUCCAGGUCCGUUUGGUCCAUGGUCCGGAAGCAUAGAGAAAAGAAAACCCUAGCGAUCGAGAACAAAYCGCACAAUUCCAGCGAGUAUGACGAGGAGGAAGACAGUGAGGACGAGUACGAACCACCGUCGAUAGGAGAGAACGUGGUAGGAUUUGCCGUUGGUGGCCUGGGUUUUUACACCCAGAUGGAAUGCCAAUACAAAAAGGCGUUUUCCUUCGAGGUUCCCUUCCCGUUGAGUCUUGUGACGUGGCCCUUUGAUUUGGCGGAGCGAUGGAUACAGUGGUACAUUACGAGCUACUAAAUGCUAUAAUUGACAAAUAUCAUACUGAUGAAAAACUCCUGUCCAAAKAAUUGAUGGCAGCCACUUCCAACAUAGAUUUUUGGUUCUGUUCAAUUCUUUCGCCCAUAGUUAUUUUUUACCAUCUAUUUGGCGUCUGCUAACUACUACUGGAAAAGUGCUAACUAAUGGAAGAAAAUAAGUUGACAGUGCUUAA